GCGCGUCUGAUCUCGCAACCAACAGACCUAAGUUCUAAUGCGAGCUUUUACAUAAGGAGUAUCCCAGGGCCCUACAAGACAUCUAUCUUCGGUGUUACACCUCUAAGUAAACUUAUAGAGGUCGCUCGACGUUGGUAGCACACGGACAUGUUCUUCCAAGUCGUCCUUGGUUUGCUGAUCGCGUACGGCUCAUGGACGCUGGCAUGUCUCGAGAUAAACAUGCGCGUGGCGUCCAGGAUGGGCAUUCCCUGCGUUCGACUACCUAUAGAUUCCCACAAUAUACUCUGGCAGGUUUUCGGACACCUCAUCUGGUCAGUUUUGGACAGCUUGCCGUUCGACUGGACAUCGUACCCAGCAUCGAUUCGACACCUUCGUCGAGGAUGGCACUUUCACGAGAAAUCUUCAGAUCACGAUAGAUUGGGUCCGAUCUGGGCACUGGUGUCUCCAGUCAGAAUCGAUGUUCAUAUAUCAGAUCCAGAGGCUAUUGGUCACAUUUUUGCUCACCGGCGCGACUUCGUAAGACCGAUUGAAGGCUACAAGAUAUUAGAAGUCUUCGGCCCUUGCAUAUCGACAGCAGAUGUAGAAAACUGGCCUCGCCACAGGAAAGCCCUUGCCGCACCCUUUAAUGAGAGUAUUAUGAGCUUCGUAUGGGACGAAUCUCUGCGUCAAUCUCAGGGCAUGUUGAAGUCCUGGACAAGACCAAGCACUGAGCGGACAGGUAUUCCCAGCAUUCAACGGGACACUCGAUCGCUAUCGCUGAAUAUACUUGCCGCGACUGGCUUUCGUAAGACUUAUAGGUUCAUCGGCUCAGCGGACGAUUCCGUUGUCGGAACAGGAACAUAUAGAGACGCUUUACAGACUAUUUUGGACAACGUCAUAUUACUUAUGCUUCUACCUUACCAGGUGUUAAUGUUUCCUUUGAUGCCUAGGAGAUUGGCUCGCAUUGGCCAGGCAGGCAGUCUAUUCAAGAAGUACAUGAAUGAGAUGCUUCACGAAGAAUUGAGAGCACACGAGCUUAAUAAGUCCGGUUCGGGUGGGCUCAUGACAUCGCUUAUACAUGCGCAUCAUGCAAAUCAAAGUAACAAUGAUCGAGCUGAAGACCCAGCUGGGAGACUCCCGAGAGGACUCUCAGUUGAUGAAAUAUUUGGUAAUAUCUUUGUCAUUAAUUUCGCUGGGCACGAUACAACGGCAAACACACUCGCCUUCGCAAUGUUACUACUAGCUACCCAGCCCGAAGUACAAGACUGGAUAUGGGAAGAGAUCAGAGAAGUCUUCACUACUUCGACAAUUGAACUCGGGAGCUAUAAGAAGUUUUUCCCACAGCUUCUACGAUGCAAAGCAAUACUCUACGAGACGCUACGGUUAUAUCCGCCUAUUAUGGCACUACCUAAGGGUACUGAUGAUAGAUCACAGUCCCUCAAUGUCCGCGGGAAACACAUAAUUAUACCUCCACAUACAACAACUACCAUGAGUCUUUUAGCUUGCCACACUAAUUCCAGCAGCUGGUCUGAUCCAUUACUAUGGAAACCCUCGCGUUGGAUAGAGGCUUCUACGGAAGGUCAAAAGUUUCACACACCAGCAAGGAACACAUUUUUCCCCUGGUCUGAUGGACCACAGGACUGCCCUGGUAAGAAGUUUGCCGAAGUCGAAUUUGUUGCAGUGAUGGCACAUCUCUUCCGAGACCACAGACUCGAGCCCAGAGCCGCUGAUGGCGAGAUUGCAUUGGACACCCUGAAGAGACUCAGAAGAACCAUCAACGAUGUGGACAUGGAGAUGCUAUUGAGGAUGAAGAACGCUGACGCCGUACGUCUUAUGUGCGUGGCUAGGUAGCUGCAAUGCAUUCAUUAUCUUCGCAGUCGGAGCAGGAAGCAUACUCAUUACAUGCAGAGAAUAUGCAUAUUAGACCAGCUAAAGUGUUCACGGAUCUGCUUAAGACCGAUAG